CCGGAGACGGGGGAUAACUCUCUGGAACCCAAAAAGUUGGAGCCACAAGUUGAAGAAGAAGCGGCGGCUACAUUACCCAUCGAUAGAAACCCAAGAUCAAAGGGCGGUCUGGUCACCCUGCCCUUCAUUAUAGCAAAUGAGGCACUGGAGAAGGUGUCGAGCUAUGGGCUAGCGCCAAACAUGAUACUGUACUUGAUGAAAGAUUACGGAAUGGGUGUGACCAAAGGCCAGAAUUUGCUCUUCUUCUGGUCCGCUGCCACCAAUUUCCUGCCUCUGCUCGGCGCAUUUCUUGCCGAUUCUUACCUGGGCCGUUUCCUCACCAUUUCCCUUGGUUCCUUAUUCACCCUCUUGGGGAUGAUUGUUCUGUGGCUGACGGCAAUGGUUCAGAAAUUAAGGCCGGCAGCGGCAGCGGCAUGCAGCAGCACCCAAUCAACAGUGUGCACAUCUGUCGCCGCCGCCACGUCAGCGCAGUACUCUGUCCUGGUGUCUUCAUUCGUGCUCAUGUCCAUCGGCGCCGGCGGUAUCCGACCGUGCUCUCUGGCAUUUGGGGCGGACCAGCUGGACCGGAAGGAGAACCCUCACAAUCAAAGGGUGUUGGAGAGCUACUUCGGGUGGUACUACGCAUCCGCCGCGGCAUCCGUCAUAGUUGCUCUCACCGCCGUCGUCUACAUUCAAGACCGCAUGGGCUGGAAAGUGGGCUUCGGAGUUCCGGCCGUCCUCAUGUUAAUCUCUGCCACUCUCUUCAUCGUCGCCUUCCCCCUCUAUAUCAAACGCAAAAGCACCCGGAAUCUGUUUGGCAGCUUUGUCCAGGUGCUGGUGGCUGCUUUCAAGAACCGGCACCUCCCUUUCCCAUCUAACCUUUCUCUUUACCAUUCCAACAAAGCUUCCCAAUACAAAGUGCCUACUGCCAAACUAAGGUUCUUAAACAAGGCUUGCAUAAUUAAGAAACCAGAAGAUGUGAAGGCCGAUGGGCUUCCAACAAACCCGUGGGAUCUAUGCAGCGUAGAGCAGGUGGAGGAGCUAAAAGCACUGAUAAGAGUAAUCCCACUGUGGUCAACUGGGAUCAUGAUCUCCAUUAACAUAAGCCAGAGUGCAUUUCCCUUUCUACAAGCAAGCUCCAUGGACAGGCACGUCAGUAAAAGCUUCCAAAUCCCAGCUGGAUCCUUCGGCAUGUUCACAGUCAUUGCUUUAACAGUUUGGGUUGUGCUCUACGACCGGGCAAUCCUCCCUUUAGCUUCAAAAGUCCGUGGGAAACCAGUUCGGCUCAGUACGAAAACCCGUAUGGGAACUGGAAUCUUCUUAUCCGCGAUGGGGAUGUUAUUCUCCGGGGUGGUUGAGCAUGUGAGAAAAAGAGAAGCAGCCAAACAGGGGCUGUUGAACAAUCCCCAUGCCGUUGUGGCCAUGUCAGCAAUGUGGCUCGUCCCGCAACACUGCCUGAACGGGUUAGCCGAGGCUUUCAACGCGAUAGGGCAGACCGAGUUCUAUUAUUCCGAGCUGCCUAAGAGUAUGUCAAGCAUUGCUUCGUCUUUGUUUGGAUUAGGCAUGGCGGUGGCGAACCUACUUGCUAGUGUCAUCCUGAGCACGGUUGAUCGUACCACAGGAGGAGGAGGUGAUGGCAAGGAGAGCUGGGUUUCCAGCAAUAUAAACAAGGGACAUUACGAGUAUUACUACUGGCUUCUUGCCAUCUUGACGAUGAUUAACCUCGUGUAUUUUGUGGGGUGUAGCUGGAUAUAUGGACCUUGUUUGGAGGGUGGUAGCCGAGUCUGCACCGAUGAGGGUGAACGCGUCCUUCUACUAACUGAUAGAGUCUCUACACCUGCAACACCAUUGAGAGUAUUGGGCUAAGUGUGCGUGCAGUAGAUAUAAUAGCAGCUUGUAUUUAUAAAGAAAGAAUGUGGAUUUUGAGUGCCGAAUUGCUUUUAAUUUCUCUGUUAUUACCAUUUUUAUCGUUAACGUUGUGGCUUUACCUUUCGCUUUUGGCGUUGUCUUGGAUUCUCUUCAGUCAUCAUUCGUUAAUUCUCAGUUCAUAGCAGACCUGGCGCAAAAAAAAAAAAAGUAUAGUUGCUUUCAUUCA